GAGGAAGAUCUCGAAGAAGAGGAGGAGUACUCUUCUAACGAAAUAACCAGGUGCAUCUGUGGUAAAGAGGACUCGUCUGAUGCUUCUGGCUUGUUUAUCCAGUGUGACAAAUGUCUAGUCUGGCAACAUGGCUUCUGUGUUGGCAUUAAGAACAAAAGCAAGAUUCCUGACCAGUAUUGGUGCGAGAAAUGUAGACCAGAAUUACAUACAAUCAAAUCAGACUCCUUUGGCAACAAAUUUGGCAUCUACCAUCCAAACGACUUUAUACAACCAAAUCAGAUUCCAAAGAGAAAUCUUAUACACUCAAAAAAACUAAAAUUAUCUAAAAAUUCAAAUUCAACUGCAAAUCCAAAUCCAAAUUCAAAUUCAAAUGCAAAUCAAUCUUCUAUUGCAAACUCAAACUCAAAUAAUAUUCCAAAUCACUCUCAAUCAAAUUCAAGAAAAAGAGGAAGAACGACCCUAAACUCAAGCGAAGAGGAGUCUUAUCUUCGUGCAAUUGAAGCAAGCGCCAAAGAAAGUGGCCUAACUAUCGACCUAAGUCUUCCCCAAACUAAACGAAGAUCAAGAAGAUCAAGAAACAUUCAAAAAUUCAAUACCAAUAACUCCUCAAUCAAGGAUAAAAGGGACAAAAUAAAACCCAAUUCGCCCAAUUCUGAUCUCGACAUCGACGAAUCCUCGAAGAUUAUAUCCUCCCAUAACAAGUCAACGAGAAGUAAAAGCAAAAGCAGAUAUAGAAAAAAAUCAAAUGGAAAUAACAACAGUAACAAUAAUGGCGGCAUUAUCAACGAUUAUGACAGUGAUAAACCAGUUGUGCCCAGGAUUCCACUGCAGAAGAUAUCGAUUAAUGAGAUGAGAAGAAGAGUUGCCGCAAUUUUAGAAUUCAUUGGUAGGACACAGUAUGAACUAAGUGAAGAACAAAAAGAGAGAAAAGAGUUGAUUAAGUAUACAGAAAGAGAUACAGACGAGUAUAAUCUCAGCGAAGAUAAUAAAGAUCCAUAUGAUGAGUUAUUCAAGAAUUAUGAAGGUAGUUUGAAAAUGAUGGAUGAAGUAACAAGAAAGCUAUUAGUGUGGGAACAGAAAUUCGGGAGAUUUUCA